AUGAAACUCCACUCAAAUAUACAGGUUUGGUUUGGAGGUAAGAAACCUCCUCUGUUGGUGUGCUCCUGUGCCAAAGUUGAACCACCCAAACUAUUCUGCAAUUUAACUCCAGAUUGUAAGCCAAUAGCCACAAAAUCACGACGUUACUCAGAUGAAGAUAUGCAAUUUAUAAAACAAGAAAUGGAAAGACUACAGACUGAGGAGAUCAUUGAACCUAGUUCGUCGCCUUGGCGUGCACAAGUGUUGGUUGUUACAAACGACAAAGGGAAGAAGCGACUGUGUGUGGACUAUUCGCAAACGAUAAACAAAUUUACUCCGUUAGACACCUAUCCCUUACCAAACAUAGAUGAUCUAGUAUCCACUGUAGCGACGAACAAGGUUUUUAGUGCCAUUGAUCUAAAGCAAGCAUACUAUCAAAUACCAAUUUCUGACGAAGAGAAGAAGUACACUGCUUUUGAGGCUGCUGGUCGUCUUUUUCAAUUCAGAAGAAUCCCAUUUGGCGUAACCAACGGGGUGGCAUGUUUUCAAAAGACCAUGGACCAAAUCAUUAGAAAAGAAAAACUGAAUGGAGUGUAUGCCUAUCUGGAUGAUUUGACCGUAUGUGGAAAGGAUCAAAAGGAUCAUGAUGAGAAUCUAAGAACAUUUUUAGAUGCUGUAACUAAGUAUGGACUUGUAAUCAACAACGAAAAGAGCAAGUUCAACCAGUCUUCAAUAACCUUGUUGGGACAUUUAGUUUCCCAUAACUCUAUUCGACCUGAUCCAGAUCGGCUGGAAUCUCUACUGUCACUUCCUGUGCCCAAAGACCAAGUUUCACUAAAGCGAGUCCUAGGAUUUUUCGCUCACUAUUCAAAAUGGAUACAUCGAUUUUCUGAUAAAAUAAGAAACCUGACACAAGUCAAUUCUUUUCCUUUGUCACAGGAAGCGGUUGCAGAUUUUGAAGCCCUCAAACUUGACAUUGCAAACUCAGUAAUUACUCCUAGGAAUGGGCAAGAGCCACUGGUAGUGGAGACUGACGCAUCUGACAUAGCCGUGGCAGCAACUUUGAGUCAAGAUAAUCGGCCAAUUGCUUUUUUCUCACGGACUCUAAACAAAUCUGAGAAGCUGUAUUCAGCUGUUGAAAAAGAAGCUGUUGCCAUUGUCGAAGCCCUUCGAAAAUGGAAAUCAUUUCUUAUCGGAAGAGACUUCAGAUUAUACACGGAUCAGCAAGCUUUAUCAUUUAUCUUUGACAAGAGGCAUACAAGCAAAAUCAAGAACGAUAAAGUUAUGAGAUGGCGACUAGAGCUAACACCUUAUCAAUAUGAAAUAGUGUACCGACCUGGUAGGGAGAAUGUAAAAGCAGAUACGCUCUCUCGGACAUGUGCGGUUCGCUGGGACAAUGCUAAGUUGUUUGAAUUACACAAAUCUCUCUGCCAUCCGGGAGUCACUCGAAUGUUUCAUUGGAUUAAAACUAAAAAUCUAAACUACACUCUGGAUGAUGUAAAAAGGAUGACGUCAGCUUGUCAAACAUGUGCAGAAGUGAAGCCAAGAUUUCACCAAUUCCAAGGCAAAUUGAUAAAGGCAACCACUCCCUUCGAACGUCUAAAUAUUGACUUCAAGGGCCCUCUUCCAUCAACAACCAGAAACCGUUACCUUUUAACCAUGGUGGACGAGUAUUCUCGUUUUGUAUUUGCUUACCCCUGUAAGGACAUUAGUUCAGCAACAGUUAUCAGAUGUUUUUCAGAUCUAUUUUUUAUGUUUGGAGCCCCGUCCUUUGUACAUUCAGAUAGAGGUUCAUCUUUCAUGUCGCGAGAGCUGACGGACUUUCUUCACAAGUACGGAGUAGCUACAAGUCAUACGACACCUUACAACCCUAGAGGGAACUCUCAGAUUGAACGCUUCAAUGGAACAAUAUGGCGAACCAUCCUACUAGCUUUAAAAAACCACAACCUGCCAGUUGCUGCAUGGGAAGAAGUAUUACAGGAGGCACUUCACUCAGUCAGAUCUCUUUUAUGCACUGCGACAAACUGCACACCGCACGAAAGAUUCUUUAUACAUAGCAGAAGAUCUACCAAUGGAGACUCCUUACCAUCUUGGCUAUCCGCUCCUGGUCCUGUCCUGCUUAGAAAGUUUGUAAGAUCUAAUAAAUAUGAUAACCUUGUGGAGCCAGUUCAACUUUUGGAAUCAAAUCCACAGUACGCUCUCGUCAGAAGAAGAGAUGGGUCAGAAUCACAAGUAUCCCUGAGACAUCUUGCACCCGCUGGCCUACCUCCUGGUGAUCUACCUCAUGAAGACAACACUAAUGAGAGAGAGAUUGUUGAAAAUAUAAAUUCAGACAUUGACCACAAUGAAGUUCAAAAUGAAACUCAACAAACGGUAUCUCAGACCCCAACUUCAGAGACGGCUGUGGGGGAACUACGUCCAAAGAGGAAUGUCAAGCCUCCGUCAUAUCUAAAGGAUUACGUAUGCUAUACCUACCUUGAAAACUAG